AUUGUUUUUAUAUGAAAAAAAUAAUAAAGUUUAAAAUUUUUUAAGAAAUUGAAGAUAAAAAAAAUAGCCCUUGGUGGCUUCUAAUUGAAAAAUGUUUAAUCGUCCACGGUGCAGAGACUUUGAACCACUGGUGACGGCCCAGAUACGUUUAAGAAAUUUAAUAAAAUUAUCUGUAGUAAAUAUUCAUUGUAGUGAUGAUAAAAAUUCUUUAAUAUACUUUACACUACAUUUGAGCGCAUUUUCCAAGCCAUUUUACACCAGUGAGAAAAAAGAAUGUCGCAAGAAGGUGGAAUGGUCGGAGAUUUAUUGUCAUCAGAUCCAGAACAGCUCACACAGAUUUAUUUGCAUUCGUGUGUGGCUACGUGAUAACAAAAGAAAGUUGCAUACAGAACUAACGAAUGACUCAUCAGCUGAUAAGAUGCUCUUUCUCUGGGGAGUUUACUUUUCUGGUCUUGUGUCAAUAUCGAAUCGUGAGGAUUUAAUGUUCAAAGAUAACACGAUUCUCUUCCAUCUGUUCGACGAAAUCUUCACAUCACCAGACCAAAUAGUGUUCAACACCAUUCCAGAAACGCAAACAAACUGUGAUCAAAACUCUGAUAAAUACUCAUCAAGUCCUAGUGUUAGCAUUACAAAUGGAUCAAAUAAUCAUCACAACGUUGAGCAAUCAAUUUCAACCCCACCAAAUUCUAUCGAUAGCAAUCCCAAUUCAAUGGAAAAUGAAACAGUUACAGUAAUCGAUGCAAUAAACGAAAUUAAACAUUUUAAAACGAAAUAUGUAAAGCUAGAUUUACCCAAAAAUGAAGUGCAACUAAGUUACACUGUUGACAAGUUAUUACAAAUUCAAGACCUUCAACGACGUAUCAAGCAAAAACAUGAAAGUUCAAAGUUGUUGGCUGACCGGAUUUGUACGAAAAGUGCUGCUUGUUUGAAUCUUCAAUUAAUAAUGAGGAAACCUGUGUUCUAUGAGCCACAGAAACAACCUGGAAUGGGAAAAACACUAAGUCGGCUUUUACUUCAACAACAAGCACCGCCAAAACCAGAAAUAAUUCUGAAAGCUCACGACCUUCGCUUGAAAAUGGAAGCAGCGAGAUUUAGAAUAAAAUUGUUGACACAAGAACGUGAUAAGAGUCGUCAAUACAACAGAAGCUUAGAAUAUAAAAGAGAAAAGCUGAAAGAUGAAAAUACUGAAAAGGAAACAUUAAUUUGGAACAGUCUUAGAACAUUAAGCAGGGAAAAUCUGAAGACGCAUCUGGAGAAAUUAAUUUUACAAAGAGAAGUCUUCAUCAACAUUAAGCUCGCUUUAAACGAAACGAAACGAUGUCUUCUGAAGGAACUGAAUGAUAUUUACACGAUCAAAAAGAAUUCGCGAGGACAAUACACAAUCAACAACAUUCACUUGCCUGAUGCUGAAUCGUAUGUCAAUACAAUUGUUACACCAACCGACGUUUCAGUAGCUUUAGGAUAUGUAGCGCAUGUCGUGAUUAUAGUCGCCAAAAUUUUGAAUAUUCCCCUUCGAAAUCCAAUCAAACAUGAAGGAUCUCGAUCGAGAAUCAUUGACAAUGUUAAGAUUCUCGCCGACGCAGAACGAACUUUUCCACUGUUUUGUCGUGCAACUCCACCACCAAAUGUCUUACUCUACGCUGUUUAUCUUUUAAAUCAAAACAUCUCACAACUAAAGCAUGUCAUUGGAUUACAUCGAGGAGAUUUAAGAGCGACAUUGGCAAAUACUUUGGAUUUGUUGAAUAGCAGUAACUGUGAGGUUCUCAAUCAACAAAUCGUUGGAAAUUUCAAUCCCAAACAACAUAACGACAACUCCACUUCAUCUGUUGAUUCCGUUCCUAUUCCUAUAAGUUUGAAUCCUUCGAGUGCGAGAGUUUCUCGAUCACUUGACGAUUUCGAUGAUGUCUUGGAUAAUCUAAAUUCAAAACUCAAUUUAUCAGCUCCCGAUUUAACAAGUCCAAUCAACGAACAAUCGGAAUUAAUUUAAAACAAAAUAGCUAGCAAGGAAUUCUUCAUUAUAACUCAAAUUUCUUUCCCAGACUUUUUUCUUCACUAUAAAAUAUAAAUUAAUAAAGAAAAAAUGACUUAGAAGCAUAAAUUCUUGUCGUUUCUGAAAUAAAUCAAGCUGAUAGCAACAUCACUGAGAAGAGGAAGCAAACGGGUCAGAAAAGGGCGGAGAGAUUAAAUGUGAAUGUAAAUAAAACAAAACCAUCAAACAUAUUUUUCAUAAUUACUUUCCAGAUUGUGUAUUUUAAAAUAAAACAACGUUCUUUAAACACAAUGUUCAUUUUUUGUUGUUUGUUGUAUUCUUGAUAUAUAAUUCUAUUAUUUCAACAAUAGCGCUUAUUAACUAAUAUGAAGAGUUAGAUUUUUUUAAUCAAUUUAAAUCCCUUUCGGGACGACCGACAACGCGACAAUAAUUUUUUUCUCUUUUUUUCACUUUUAUUCUUUGAAAUUAGAUCGUACAUGUCAAAGGAAAAAAAAAGAAGAAAAAAAAUCUACAUAAAAUCGAACUUAUUUCUUUUUCUUCAUCGAAUCUAAUAUUUAAGAAAAAAAAAUAUUACAAAAUAAUUUAUACAUUGAAACUAUUACCACCACUUUUUAAAUUUCUUUUCCUUUCUUAUUUUUCCUCUACAUUCAUGAAAAAUUACCUCAACAGUUUUCUUUUUCUGAUUUUCCUCGUUUUUCUUUUGAUUUUCAGUCGCAUCAAGUACGAGAUUCUACGAACUCAUUUGUACUCGACAACAUUGCGAAAGACUUUUCAGUUUUUUUCUUUUCAACUUGACAAAUAAUAACAUUUGAAAUUUAGAUACAAAAAAAAGCAAACAAACAAAAAAAGAAAAGAAAAUGAAUGUUUAGCUGUUAAGGUUUCUCUUUCUCCAUUACUUAAACGUUAAACGAUAGCAUUUUCAAUAUAUUAAAUUUCAUUUUUAAAUAUACCUUUAUCAUAUUUAUUAGUUUUUCCUUCUUUAAUCAAUCUUUACUAAAUACAAAUGUGUGUUGUGUAAUGUUUGUUGUGUUUAUCUCUCUGCGUUAAUGAAUUGAAAUAACAGAAAAAGAAUAAAAUGUUUGUCGUCUUCACCAAUAUUAUUAUUCUUUUCUCUUUUCACAACACUUUCUCCCCCCUAACAACACCUUUGCGGGGGUGGAUACGAGAUAGUAAAUAUUUGUGAUCUUUUUAUUCAUUUUUUUUGUUUUGUUUUGAUUUCAAGCAGCAGUAAUAAAUAAUUUAUUUCAGGCGUGUAACAUUCAAUUUUUUAAACUAUAAUGGCUGAUCGAAGGAUUUAAAGGUUUCUUUUCGUUAUGUUAAAAAUUUGUUCGAUUUAUAAAAUCAAAUGAAAAUGAAAAUGAGAGAAAGAUUUUUUGAAGAAAAAAUAUCCAAAAACAUGCUGCAAACUUACUGCUCAACUACGACACCACAUGUUGUAAAGAUUUUGUGAUUGUUAAAAAAGUCUUAUUAAAUGAUUUCUUUUUUAGAUUCUCUUGGAUUUGAAUGUAAUAUUUACAUGAAAUGAAUAGGAGAAGAAAAUUAAAUUUUACUCCAUUUCUGAUAGUAAGAUAAAAUUAAAAAAAUAAAGAUAAAAAAGAAAGGAAAACUCUGGUGAGUGUGGUUUGCGUUUGUUUGUCUUGUGAAGGUGAAGUAACUAAUCAUAAGUCUAAAAAAAUUCACUUUCAGCUAAACUUGAAACAUAAUUUAAUAUUAUUAGUUGUUUUUUUAAAAACCUAAUUUUAAUUGUUGUUUUGAGGGCGCUAAACAACUAAAAUCGAACGAAUUAUAUACAAAAAUUCUGUGGACUUUCAUUUUCAAUGUUUUCUCUCAUGAAAAAAGUUUCUGUCAGUCCAUUUGAGAGUUGAUUUACUUUUUUCUUUUCUUAAAUUAGUUUUUUUUCUUCAUUUUCAUUUUUUUCUUUUAUCUCAUAAUAUAUUCAUUUAACUAAAUAUGAAUUAAGGGAAAGAAAGAAGCACACAUUCGUUCUUCUCAUAUCAUUUUUCAUUUUCGUAUCUGCCCAUUCUAUUCUGUUCUGCUCUUCAUUCAUUUGUGAACUCAAUUUGAUCUUUUCAAACCAUGUUUCCAUCCCAUUUCGCAUCUCAUCUUGUUAUUGAUUGCACAAGAAGAUAAAGAAAAAUGUUAAUUUACAAAUCAAAUAAAUUUUAAACGACACAAAUUUUGUGAAAGUUCAAACUUUUUACUCGUACGUUGAUGAUAAUUUUUGUUUUUGCUUUAUGAUGAAAAUAAAUUAACACAGCAUGACAACAAAAGAAGAGAAAUGAGAUGGAAAACGAUUUUAAAGCCUAUUGCAAUAAACUAAUUUAAUUAAUAAAAAUCUGUGUGUUUGUAUGCGUGUAUUAUUUUUCUUUUUGUUUUUUCUUUCUUUCAUUAGAUAUGAAAAAUAUUAUUUAUCCUGGAUUUCUAAUAUUUUCUCAUUCUCUUGCUCAUCAAUUUACUUAUUAAAUUAUUAUUCUUGUUUUUGUUUUUUUUCUGUUUUUUUCUUCUUUCCUUCUUCAUCAUGAUAAGACACUUUUUACAGCAGAUUCUUAAUGAAUAAAUAUAGAAAUUUUAACCAACUUUUCAUCGUUUCAUUUCAAGAAGUUUCAUUUAAUUAAUUUCUUUUACUCUCAUCAAUGAUCAGGUGUGAUUUUAUUUAUUAAUUUAAUCUUUUUUCUUUUCUUUUCUUAAUAUAUUCACCGCAAAUAUUCUUUAACAAGAGAAACAAAUCAUAUCGAAUGAAAUGCUUGAAGAUAAUACGUAAUCAUGCUGCUGUUGCUCAAUACGAUUCCAUCAGAACGUUGUUUGCUUUCUUUCUAGUACAAAGAAAUAGUUACCACAGACAUUUCCAAAUUGCUAUCGUCCGACGAUACAAAUAGUUCAUCUAUGCUAUAAUCACUGCUACCUAGUAAAUGACUUUCACUUAAAAAAGAUUCCUGAUCAUCCUGCAUUUCAUCUUGUGACUGUUGAUGAUGGUGAUGAUGAUGAUGA